GAAAUUAAAUACGGAAGUACUACAAGAAACCUUGAUAUAGUCCUGAAGAAAUUGAAAGAUGUCAUGUUUGAUGAUUAUGAAGUCCCAGUGGUGUCUAACCUAGAACAGGACAAACACUGUUUAGCAUUCUGGGAGACAUAUGAUACAUAUACCAUACUGGAUAAUAUAUCAGGAAAGGCUGAACCUGAGCUUAAGGAACGCAUAACAACACUUAAAACAGAACUUCGCUUUGUAGAAGAGUGUACAUUUUCGGUAUCAAAAACCUGUGCCAAACAUAAGCAGCCUCUUGUACAGGUACUCCAGAAAUUAGAUCCUAAGCAACUGGAAAACAUUAAAGGAAACUAUUCCAAUUGCACUGAAGUAAGAUGUUAUUUAGGAAAUACCAGUGCACUUACUGACCAGUCAGUUUAUCACCUUGGCAAUGGAACUACAAAUUAUUCCACUGAAGGGCGGGAUGCAGAGACUCAGUUAAAUUAUGAUUAUUUGCAACAAAAUAGAAGUAUACUUUCAAACAACACCGCAUCAAAUCAAGAAACAUCUCAUACAGAAAGAAAGAGGUUUUGUCUAAUCAUUGCUGCAAUCUCUGUUGCACUCCUUGCUGUAGGCCUUGUUUAUUGUAUUUUAAAGAAGACAAAGUGUUGUGAAUUACAUGCAAAAAACCACAAUAGGGUAAGAUGGAAAAAUACACAUAGUCCUAACACAGUUGUGUACUGUGUCACUGCUAAUGCUUAA